CCUCCGCCUCCACAUCACAUCACGACACAUCAUUACAUCGCAUAGCGUAGCAUCGGCAUCGGCAUCACUACCUUACUUCGACGCAAGCGUUUCUUAACCCACACCAAGUGCUGGCGUGGCGUACCAUACAUACAUACAUAACAUCAUACAAUUCAUAGCAUAGCUUCUCUGGCGUACACGGGAUGGAUCAAUCGGGUAUACCUCUUGCUUUGUUUGUUUUCAUCGUAUUUGCUUCUUUUGCGCGGUUGAACAGAACAUGAGAGUGGAUUUGAUUUUUAGCGAUGGAUGAUGGCAAAGGGGGAUGCAUGCAUGCAUGGUUUUUAUGUGGAUAUGAGAUGAUUCGGACAAGACAGAUUGGAAUUGUUAGCUAUGGUAUUAUACGAUGCUCUUGCUUCAUCGCCACUGCUUGCUUGUGGCUUGCAGAACUAGCCUUAGCCUUAGCUUUAGGCUUAGAUGAGGAUGAAUGAAUAGAUAUAUGAUAUGACUCCCUCGCC